CUCGCUGUGCAGUGACGACGAAGACAACAACAAAACACAGCUGCAGAAUAGAUAGGGUUUUAGCUUGCUAACGUUAGCUACUUGGAAUAAACAUUAGCUAGCUAUCUUUUCUAACACAACCCCGGCCGAGGAAAAACAACAGUGACAAGCGAAAUCAUGAAAACGUCUAGCUAGCUAUAUGUCAAAAAUAAAUAGUUAGUAAAAAAGGAAAUUUUAUCACCAGCUGACAUUAUAUUUUUAACGACACAGUAACAGUUCACCAACUAGCUAAUCAUCCCACAUAGCUAGCUAGCUAACCUUAGCCAGCAACAUUUUGGGCUAUCUAGUCUUCUACAGCUAGCUAGCUGCUUUCUCUAUGACAUUUAAGCUAAAACCAGUUAGCCAGCUACCGUAGCUUGCUAGCUCGCCAAGACGGAGCAUAGAAUGGGAGUACAGUAACCAAAACAGGGUGUUGUUGUUGUAUGACUAAAUGAUCAAAAUAAAGGAGUGUGAAGAUCGCUGGAGGAUUAAACAUGAAGUUGUAUGUGUUCCAAGUCAACAAUGGAAGCACUCUUACAUUUGACACAGAGUUGGCUGUUCAAACAGUGUCGGACCUCAAACAUGCCAUCCAGGCAAAAUACAAGAUUGCAACCCAGCAUCAAGUCCUGGUUGUCAAUGGAGGGGAGUGUAUGGUCGGAGAGAGGAGAGUCUGCAGCUAUAGUGCUGGCACUGACACCAACCCUAUAUUCCUGUUCAACAAAGAAAUGAUUUUGUGCGACCGGGCUCCAACUAUCCCCAAAACCACCUUCUCUAUCGAAAAUGAGAUGGAGCUGAAGGUGGAGGAGUCACUAAUGAUGCCAGCAGUCUUUCACACCGUUGCCUCAAGAACACAACUUGCUGUGGAAAUGUUUGAAGUUGCCAAGAAACUUUGCUCAUUCUGUGAACGCUUGGUUCACGAUGAACACCUCCAACAUCAAGGCUGGGCUGCUAUCAUGGCAAACCUGGAUGACUGCACCUUGUCAUACCAGAAGCUGCUGUGGAAAUUUGACACGGCAUACAUUAAUUAUCAACAAGACUUUGAGGAUAUCAAAUUGAAAUUGACAAAACUGGGGACAGCAGUCUCAGUAAUGGCCAAAAUCCCUCUGCUGGAGUGUCUGACUCGCCACAGCUAUAGAGAAUGCCUGGAGAAGUCCUGCUCGACUCCAGACAAGGACUCUGAUGAGACGGAGGAGGAGAAGUCCACAGACUCAGUGCUCUGCCCCACCCCCACUGCCACCGAAACACAGAGGAGCUCCACCAAGCUACCUGUGUCGUUCAAUGCGCCGGGGGCAGAAUCUGGUGAAACCCAGGACGGCAGUGACAUGAGAGACAGUAGUGUGCUGAGGGCCGCCCUGCAGGAGGCGGACUCUCCAGAGAGGGCCAACCAACCGUCAUUCAACGUCACGCUGCUGGACUGGAUCAAUGUUCAAGACCGGCCCAAUGACGUGGAGUCAGUCGUGAGGAAAUGCUUUGACUCCAUCAAUAGGCUCGACCCACGGAUCAUUCAACCAUUCUUGGCGGAGUGUCGUGACACAAUCGCCAAACUGGAUAAUCAGAACAUGAAAGCCAUCAAAGGGCUUGAGGACAGGUUAUACGCUCUAGACCAAAUGAUAGCAAGCUGUAAAAAGUUGGUCAACGAACAGAAGGAACUUGCUCAGGGAUUUCUGGCCAAUCAGAAGCGAGCUGAGAACCUGAAGGAUACGUCAGUGCUACCUGACCUGUGUCUCAGUCAUGCCAACCAACUGAUGAUCAUGCUGACAAACCACAGGAAGCUGCUGGACAUCAAACAAAAGUGCACCACUGCCAAACAGGAGCUUGCGAACAACCUACAAGUUCGUCUCAAAUGGUGCUGCUAUGUGAUGUUACACGCGGACCAGGACGGAGAGAAGCUCCAGGCCUUACUGAGGCUGCUGACGGAGCUGAUGGAAAGGGUCCGGGUUGUGGAUGCCCUCAGCACUGUGCCUCAGAUGUACUGCCUGGCAGUGGUGGAGGUUGUCCGCAGGAAGAUUUUCAUAGGACACUACAGAGAGUGGGCUUGUGCACUUGUAAAGGAUGGAAAACAUCUCUAUGAGACGGAGAAAUAUAAAAGGGAAACGUUUGGCAAGUUGUUCAGGAAGUCUUUUCUCCGAAAUCGCUUAUUUAGAGGACUUGACUCAUGGCCCCCCACUUCAUUUUGCACGCGAAAGCCCAGAAAGUUUGACUUUGAGCUUCCGGAUAUUUCUCUUGCUGACCUGCAGUACUUAAGGACUUGUUGUCCUGCAGAGGUGCAGCCUUUCCUCAGGGUUCCAACACUGUGUGACUUUGAGCCUUUGCACCAGCAUGUGGAGAUGCUUCAACAGUUGGUCCAAGCAGCACAAGCUGCUAGUGUGGAUGAAAUGUCUCAAACUAUCACAGACUUACUGAGCGAACAAAGGGUGUCGUGCAGCCAGAGUGCCCAGAGGUCCACGGCAGCUGUGACCCCGUUGACCCCGCGGUCGGACAGUACCUUGGGGACCACCUCUACCUCCUCCAAGACCCCUCCUUCUCUCAGUCUCCCGGCCCCUCCCUUCCAGCCCUUCACUGGUCCCCUCCCUGGCCCGGGUCCCACAGCCCUGGAGGAUCUUUCUCCAGACAGCAUUGAUGCCCAAACCUUCGACUUUGAGACCAUUGGCCACCCCAACAUGGAUCCUGUCCUGCAUCAGGCUAGCUCUUUGGACCUGGACUCUCUGGCUGAAAGCCCGGAGUCAGACUUCAUGUCGGCAGUCAACGAGUUUGUGAUCGAAAACUCACCCACCCCCAUCAGUGACCCCACCAGCCCAGAGAUGAUGGUGGAGUCGCUGUACUCGUCAGUCAUCAAUGCCAUUGACAGCAAGCGCAUGCAUGACACCACUACCUUGGAGAGGGAGAACUCCAAAAUGGCUGCUCUGAAACUAAGCAUUGAGAAGUACCGCUCUGCUGCAGAAGAGUCCCAGACUAACCUGCGGUGUGUCAAGGAUGACCUGUACCGCUUCAGAGGCCUGGUGCUGAAGGAGCAGCGAGACUUUGGCUUCUCCCUGAAGACCAUGACCAUUGAAGUACGGACCAUGGUGGACGCCAUUCGUAAGAGGGAAGAAGAGGAGCUUCGGGGACAGCACCAAGCCAUGCUUCUUUCCCUGCAGCAGGACCACAAGAAGCAGCUUCAAGCCCUGACUGAGGAGAACCAGGUCAACCAGAACAUUGUAAAAGACGUGCAGCGGGCCAUUCUGGAUCUUGAGGGGCUCCUCGAGCGCAAAGAGAAGGAGCUGACCCAGCUGGAGGCAGAGAGGGAGCGCUGGACUGAGUCGGAGAGCGCGCACAUUCAGAAGGCCAGGGAUCUGGAGCAGAAGCUCGUUGCUCAGGCCCAAGAGGUGCAAACCCUGGCUGCCUCCAGAGACACACUAUCCAACCAGCUGGAGAUACUUCACGUUGAGAUUGAACACGGCCAGCAGAAGAUCCGCCAGGAGCUGGAGGAGGCCGAGCAGUCCCACCUGCAGGAGCUGGAGGAGAGGAUGAGGCAGCAGCACCAGGCUCAGCUAGAUUCCCUGGCCCAGGAGAACCAGGUGGCGCUAGAGCGUGUUGCCACAGAGAAUAAGUCAAAGCUGAUGGAGGUCACCGACCUCCAUGCUGCCAUCCUGACAGAGCGGGACAGUCGGCUGAGGGACCUGGAGGCUCGGGUUGCCGAACUGGCUGACCUCCGCUGCAAGGUGGAGGUGGAGUUGGCCCUGAAGGAGUCUGAGAUGGAGGAGCUGAGGUUGCUUUACGAGGAGGCCAAGCAGGGGCAGCAAGAAGCCGACAUGGGGAGAGCCACAGUGGUGGCAGAGACACAGUCUCUCAGUGAACAGCUAGCCCUGGUCAGCAGGCAGCUGCUGGCUAAGAAUGAGGAGUACCAGACGGGCUUGACUGAGCUCAGGACACUGAUGCGCAUGGAGAAGGAUCAGUGCAUCUCCGAGCUGGUGAACAGGCACGAGGAGGAGAGGAACCAGCUCCGCAGUGAGCUGACCACCCUGCAGCAGCAGGCCCAGGAUGUCGAGAAGAGCCAUAACCAACAGCUGCAGAACCUCCAACGAGACCUGGACCUGCGGAUUGCAGCGCUGCGCAAAGAUAAGGAGGAGCAACAGGGGAGUUUUGAGGAGCAGGAGCAACACUUGAGGACAGUUAUCUGUGAUUUGCAGGCGGAAAAUGACUUGCUUGCCAAAAGAUUAGAGCAGGACACACAAGAAGCCCGGGAAAGUUUGCAGAUGGAAGAGGCCUCGAAUGCUGCUCUACCAGCUGCCUUUAAAAACUUAGAGCAGCAAAAGGAGGAGAUGGAGAUAAGACUGUUAGACAAAAUUAGACUACUUGAAAAUGAACUUCAGAAAAGACAAUCCUCUGAAAGUGAGGCAGGGUUGUCGGUGGUGCGGGUGGAGAUUCCGGGGUCUGAGGCGGCGGCUCCUCUCUCCCUGGACUCUGCCUUGCAGGAGCGCCUGCAGCAGGAGACCGCCUCCCUGCGCACCCAGCUGGACCUCCUGGAGAGGAGAAAGAACGAAGAGAUGCAGAACCUCAAGACCUCGCUCAUUGCAGAACAACAAACUAACUUCAACACUGUUCUCACGAGAGAGAAGCUGAAGAAGGAGCAGAUCAUCAACGAACUGACAGAGGAGCUAAAGAAGGUUACCCAGCAACAGGAGAAGGACAAAGGUCUGAUAGAGACUCUGUCUGAGGACCGAGCCAUCGUCAUGCAGGAGAAGAAGCAGCUGGAGGAGGAGCUGAACCGACUGCGCAGCACCGCCCUGGUGUCCUCGGCCUACUACAGCCCCAACCCGUUAGCACUGGAGCCCCCUGGGGCCACUGUUAGACUGGGGCCUGGAACUGAAAUAGAGGCUGGGGCUGGCGCCUGCUCCUCGGAGCCCUUUCCUGACCCAGACCGGCUGGCCUCUGUGGCCGCCAUCAGAGAAGACGACAGGGUUGACACCGCUGUGGAGGCCAGCAUGGUGACUGUGCACGAUAACAUCCUGAUGAUGUCGGAGGAGAAACAGAGAAUCCUGUUACUUGAGAGGACCUUACAUAUGAAGGAAGAAGAAAACAAGCGCCUCAGUCAAAGACUGAUGUCUCAAAGCAUGUCCUCAGUAUCGUCACGGCAUUCAGAGAAAAUUGCCAUCAGAGAUUUCCAGGUUGGCGACUUGGUUCUGAUUAUCCUGGACGAAAGGCAUGACAACUAUGUGCUGUUCACCGUGGGUCCUACCCUGUACUUCCUUCACUCAGAGUCCCUCACGGCACUUGACCUCAAACCAGAUCCUAUGUUUACUUCAGCAUCAGGAGCCUCCAGGCGGCCGUGGGUUCUUGGAAAAGUGAUGGAAAAGGAAUAUUGCCAGGCAAAAAAGGCUCAAAACCGGUUCAAAGUUCCUUUGGGUACCAAGUUCUACAGAGUCAAAGCUGUUCCAUGGAACAAGAAAGUAUAAUAUAGCCAAGUUAUGAGCUAAAAUGUAUGUUUAUAUUGCAUAAAGUUUUAAAUAGUCUCACUUCAUACAUAAUUCAUAAAUCAACUUGAAAAGACGGAAGGUCAUAAUAAUUGCUAUUAUUUUGGCUUUCAGUUAAGCAUCCCAUCCACCCUCUUUUUAAUCCAGAAUAUUUGUUAUUGUGGACCAAAUGCUAUUUCUUUAUUAGGGCAUGGCCCUAAACACUGUGGCAGAAAGCCAUUAAUACCUGUGCGUAAACUGAACAAAAAGUAUUUGGAUGUUUAUAUAUUUAGUUCUCAUUCAUUAUCAGCAUUUGUCCUCAUUGUGGAAAAUACUGUAUCAUUAUCAACAACAUAAUUGAAAUGAAAAUAUACAUUUAUUGUAAAUGUUUAUGGAGGAAUGUUCAUGGCAUGCAUAUUGAUAUAUUUUCUUUGAUUUGACUUAUCCAGAUAAAUGUUGUAGUGGGAAAUGUAGUUAAUGCUGUUUGUUACUCUGUUAAUACUGAAAUGUACAUUUUGGCCAACUGACAGAAGAGGCCCUCAUUGCAAUCCUUGAAAAUGCACUUUCAAAAAAAACAUUGCUUUUUGUUUAUUCAAAAGGGAAGGAAUUGUGCUGUAAAAUAAAAUAAGUACAGAAAAAAGAUCUAUAACAGCACAAAACUUCCCGCUAUCAUAGAAUAUUGAAAUGUAGAAAGGACUACUUUGUUUGUGACUGUGUUUCAUUAUUGGAUGACAUUGUACAUUACCCAUCAUUUAAAUCACAUGUAACAAUAAAUUACUGUAUUGUUAAAGAAUUUAGAGUUUUGAAACAAUAAAGGAUUGAUCC